UGGCCAACCUCAAUGUUCAGUGGAGAUCAAACUUGCAAUGACAAUCUCGUCAAUAACCACCUCCAGGCACGUGGCGGUUAUCGGAGCAGGUGCUGGUGGCCUUGUGGCUGCUCGCGAGCUAGGUCGUGAGGGUCACAAGGUCGUUGUCUUUGAGAAAGGUGAUCAAAUUGGGGGGACCUGGGUGUACAAUCCUCGAGUGGAAACUGACCUUCUGGGCGUUGACCCGAACCGUCCCAUCGUCCACUCCAGCCUCUACAGCUCCCUUCGUACUAAUCUCCCUAGAGAGUCGAUGGGUUAUCAGGAUUAUCCGUUUGUGAGCCGAGAAGGCAAAGACAGAGAUCCGAGGAGGUACCCCGGUCACAAGGAGGUGUUGAUGUAUCUGAAGGAUUUUGCGGGUGAAUUCAAGAUUGAAGAGAUGGUGAGGUUUGAGACUGAAGUGGUGAAUGUGAAAUUAGAGGAGAAUGGUAGACAGUGGAGGGUGAAGUCCAAAAAGAGGGGCGAUGUUAACGAUGAGACUUUCGAUGCUGUCGUUGUCUGCAAUGGACACUACACGCAGCCUCGGAUUGCAGAAAUUCCCGGCAUAAAGUCAUGGCCAGGAAAGCAAAUUCACAGCCACAACUAUCGUAUUCCUGAGCCCUUUCAGGAUCAAGUUGUAAUUUUAAUAGGUAGUGCCGCAAGUGCUGUUGAUAUAUCCAGGGAGAUAGCCGGGGUUGCUAAAGAGGUCCACAUUGCAUCUAGAUCAGCUGCUGACAAAACGUGUGAAAGGGUCCCCGGAUAUGAUAAUAUGUGGCUUCAUUCCAUGAUGGAAAGCACCCAUGAAGAUGGUACCGUGGUUUUCCAGGAUGGGAAUGUCAUCUCUGCUGAUAUUAUUCUAUAUUGCACUGGGUACAAGCAUGACUUCCUAUUUCUUGAAACCAAUGGAAUCGUGACAGUGGAUGACAGUCGUGUGGGACCUUUGUACAAGCAUAUUUUUCCUCCACUCUUGGCCCCAUGGCUUUGCUUCAUCGGAUUACCAUGGAAGGUUAUUCCAUUCAUAUUGUUCGAAUUUCAAUGCAAGUGGAUUGCUGGUGUUUUGUCUGGUCGAAUUAAGCUUCCAUCCCAAGAAGAGAUGAUGGAAGAGAUUAAAGCCUUCUACUCUGAACUUGAAGCUUCUGAUGUGCCAAAGCGAUACACUCAUAACAUGGCAGAUUCUCAGUAUGAGUACGUCAACUGGCUUGCUUCUCAAUGCGGUUGUUCAGGCUUCGAAGAAUGGAGAAAACAAAUGUUCUGUGAAUCUUUGAAGCAGAGGAUCGCUCACCCAGAGACAUACCGCGACGAAUGGGAAGAUCAUGACUUGAUCUUGCAAGCCCAUCAGGACUUCCUCAAAUACACCUGAAUACUGCAACUCACAGUUGCAGUUCUUGAUUGAUGACCACAAAUAAACACAACCCAUUUGACCAUUCCUACAAACAAGGAAGGGUAUCAUAAAUUUCCUUUUGAUCUUCUCAAAACUCCAUAGGUAUUUACUCUUGUUCUUCUUGUAAGCUUGUUUACCAAUUCUUUCCUGAUAACAUGUAUUCUGGAUCUGCUUAUGCCUUCAAUUGAGGCUUUACCAAUUCAAGCCAAACAGAAAUGUGGAAGUGCAUUGUAGUGAAUAUUUAUGUGAGAUAAUCAUGGCAUGAUUGUGCAA